GAUUUCAACAGUGCGCCAUCUAUUGAUCGUCAUAUGAAACAAAUAAACAGCUUGAAAUAUAUUCGUCAAUCAAUUCCGAUGUCAAUGUAAUCCAUAUAUUUGCUAUACCAAAUGUUUGUAUAUCAGCGAAACAAUUGAUCAAUCGGAAAUACAUGUUUUGUUCCAUAAAUGUAGCUCAGCCUAAUUGCGGACAAUUCAUUUUCGAUAUGAAUCAAAUGUGGCCAGUUGGAAUGGAGUUAUGCUUGACUUUUGGAAACUCUUUGCUUUCAUUUGACAAGAAUAAUUUUGUUUUGUCCUUGAAUCCAAUGUAUGUGUUUGGUAUAAGCAGAUCGAUCAGACAAGCGAAAUCAAUUGUCGUACAAUGCACAAUACAUAUAUCUAAAUAGCACUGUUACAAGUGAACAGAUGAAAUUUGAAUCCAAUGAGAAAUGUGGUACUCUAAACCUGUGUUCUCCUCAGUGGUAGCGGCAUUACUUUCAGGUGUUAAAUGCAUCGAUUCUCACUGACUCAUACCACUAUUAGUUGUGUAUCACGCCAAACAAACGAACAUGCAAAGGAUAAUUUGUGAGAAUACACACAUCAGCAACCAGUGUAUAUUCUGGUGUAUAUUUUCCGCUGUUUGGCCCAUUGGUUUUUCUCUUGGUUUGGCCUUGGUACCAAAAUUAUUUCUGUGAAUCUGGUCAUUAUUCAUUGAUGAUAAUGACCAGACUGUGAAUUGUAAAGAAUGAAGAAAUCUAAACCCUUUGUUAUAAAAAUAAAAAAAGAUUCUAUUUUGUUUAUUCAUUAUCCGAUAAAUCCUUGUCCAUUUAAUCAAGUUUGAUUGUGAUUUAGUGCCUUGCUGUUGUUUCCAUUCGCUUGAUAUUAGUGUAUUAUUGUUGGCAUUUGAAAUCUAUCCAUUAUCAUAUCAUCGACAACCACCAGUUCAAUAUCUCUAAAUGCAUACGAAUUCUCAGCCCUCAACGGUGUGUAGAAACAGAGAAGUUGAAGAAUCGAUCGAACAAAAAGUUGAAGAGCAAUCAGAGCUCACAUCAUCCCUAAACAUGGGAUCGAAACGUAUGGUCAACGCGAUUAUUAGAACCGGGAGACGAACCUCCUUUGUCAACAAUAGCCUGAUGUCAGCCGUUCGAUCCAAGCCAUCGUUGUUGCACGCAAUCGUCGUCAUCUUUCUUGAAUUUUUCGCAUGGGGUCUAUUAACUUUGCCCGCAAUCACCGUUCUGAAUACUACUUUUCCCGAUCAAACGUUUCUCAUGAAUGGCCUUAUAAUGGGCGUGAAAGGAUUCCUUUCAUUCUUGAGUGCUCCGCUUAUUGGUGCUUUGAGCGACCUUUGGGGAAGGAAAUUUUUCCUAUUGAUCACCGUGUUUUUUACCUGCCUUCCGAUUCCUUUCAUGAAAUUUAGUCCCAGCAUUUACUUUGGUCUAGUUAUAUUGUCUGGAAUAUUCUCAGUCACUUUUUCGGUCAUAUUCGCCUACGUAGCAGACAUAACUGAAGAACAUGAACGUAGCCAUGCUUAUGGAUGGUUGACCGCUUCUUUCUCAUUAAGCUUAAUUUCUAGCCCAUCGUUAGGCGCAUUAAUAUCGUCAACAUUUGGCGACGACAAUCUAGUCAUAUGUAUUGCAACCGGUGUAGCCAUCUUUGAUUUAAUUUACAUUCUCUUAAUGGUACCAGAAUCAUUGCCGGAAAAAUUGCGACAGAAAUCUAUUUCGAUUUGGGAAUCUGCUGAUCCAUUUUCAUCGAUACGUCGUGCCGGUAAAGAUCGCAUGAUAUUGACUUUGUGUGUAGCCGUCUUUCUCUCCUAUCUACCGGAAGCUGGCCAGUAUUCCUGCUUUUUUGUCUAUCUCAAAUUAGUCAUCGGCUUCGAUCAGAUUCAAGUGGCUGCCUAUAUUGCAUUCAUUGGCAUUUUGUCGGUCAUUUCUCAAACGCUUUUGUUGACCAUAUUAAUGAAACGAGUUGGAUCAAAAAAUACGAUCAUGAUAGGCCUGAUAUUCGAAAUGUUGCAAUUGAUUUGUUUUGGUCUUGGCUCUAGCCAUUGGGUCGUUUGGAUUGUUAGCGUAAUUGCCGCAAUUAGUACCAUCACCUAUCCAGCUUUAAGUGCUUACGUAUCCUCUUAUGCUGAUGCCGAUAAACAAGGUCUUCUACAAGGAAUAAUAACUGGAAUUCGCGGUUUAUCUAAUGGGUUGGGCCCAUGUUUUUUUGGUCUUAUAUUCAGCCUGUUCAAUGUUGAUCUCGUCCGACAAUCGCAUCCGAUUCAUUCGUCGUCAUCAGCAUCAGUACUCUCUUCAUCGGCCGAAUCAUUGGAUACACUCAAACACAUGAUGCCAUCGAUAACGAACGUGAAUGGCUCCUCAUCCUCAUUUAUUACAUUUCUCAAUUCAACGACAAAUCAAUUUUUCCAUUCACCCACCGACCAAGUGAUACCUGGGCCUCCAUUUUUGUUUGGCUCUUUCCUGGUGUUGAUUGCCAUUUUGAUCAUGGCAUUCAUGCCAGAAUUGGUACAAUACUCACCAUCACCAUCGAACGCUGGAAGCUAUGAUGAAAAAUACAGUAAAGGGUCAAGUGGAUCUUAUAAAUCAUCAGUGAAACGAUCGCCAACAUCUACGAAUAGUCAUAAUUAUUACUACAAGAAUAUGCAUCAUACACAGGCCAAUACCUACAACAGUAAUCAAUGCUGUUCCAUCAACAAUGAUGAAUACGACGACGAAGAAGAGGAUGAACUGAAUGUCCCCAUGUUUAAUGCCCAUCAUUUAUCAAAAGAAGGAGGACAAUUAUUACCUGCAUCUAUGCUGCUUAAUGGUGACCUCAUUCAUCAUAAUGGACUUUACACUCAAGCGAUCGCUUGUCCACUGUCAUCCUCAUCAUCUACAAUAACCUAUAAUUUGUCCAUGUCAACUUCUCAACAACAACAUGACCAUUCUUUGUCGCCAUUUCAACCUUCUUCGUCUUCAUCUUCCUAUGGCCCGAGUAGUGAAGCUGAUAGUGACAUUGAUUCAAAGCAACGGCUUUUGCCAAUAUCGUCUGCCAAUCAAAUGGUCCAUAAUGAUCAACUUGAUGGUGAGGUUGUUCAUCACCGGAUUGGCAAUCAUCAACGAGAGCAAUUUCCGAAUGUGAUGCAUACCCGUCACAAUACGAUUGUGAGAAUGUCUCCAACACCAAAUCAUCCAACAACCACGGCUAUACAUUGGCCGCAUUCACUCUAUGGUCAUUCUGGUAAGGGUUCCACAACAAAGUAUUCCAUGAUUUGUCCUGCCUCAACGAUGACCAUGAAGACAGAGGGCCCUCUAACUGUAAUGAAAUCACCAAUUCAUCGUCCGUUGAAUUUAUCAAAAUCAAUAAAUAUGCCUGUCAAACCACCAAUAUCGUCGUCGGCUAUGACAUCAUCCUUAUCAGCAUUAGCAUCAAAUUGUAGCGAUUCGACCAUAACACAUUCCAUCGAGCAUUCUCCCCUUCCUUCUCCUCAUACUCAUCACCUGGUCAAGAACAAUCGUUUUUUGUACACCAAAUCACCGAUUGUCAAAACCUAAAUAAACAUACAUUGAAUCUUCUUGUUCUAUCCGAAUUUCAAUCAAAUGGAUCAGUAUUUUUUUUCUAUGGAUCGUUCCAUUUUAUUGAUUCGAACCUGUGAUUUGCUAAGUAAUUGUUCUUGUUUAUUGUGGUUUCCAUCAUUCAUCCUUGCCAUUGUUUAUUAUCCAGUCAUUUGAUCAAUUCAUAUUAUGACUAAUUAAUUGUGGUUAUUAUUAAUAAUUUUAUUUUUGUUCUAUAAUAUAAACCAUUUAUUAAAAUAACAAAAUUACAAUUGUUAUAAAA